AUGCAUAAGAACCUGUCGAGAACUAAGCUCGAGGAGUAUCUGACGCACCUGCGCACACAAGCGGAAACCGAGCUUCAAGAAGCUCUGACUGCCGCCAAGACCAAGACGGAGAUAGACCGAGAGCGCUUCUUGGACGCCCAACGCAACUUGGUCGAGAUGAUCUUUGCAUGGCGGAAUUUGAACGGGUCAUCCUGGGAGGCGGGGGCUACUUUAAAGUUCGACAAAAGCACAAAUCGACACGAUAUCCGCGAGGUCUUGAGAAUCAGCACAGACGACUUGAUUGAGGAUCGGUACGCCACCGCAGCUAAAAAGAAAUACAACUAUGCAUCGCAAAUAUGUCUGGGUCUGGGCGAUAGAUGCGAACUUGUGAUGCGCAUUUAACGACACACACGACCACACAAAUCUCUCAUGCAUAGCCAGCAAAAUGGUACAUUUUUCCACUUCCUGUCAUCGAAGUGGGGGAUUUCUUGUCAUGCGGAUUGGGCAUUGCGGAACCUUCCAUAAAAAACCUGUGAUGCUAGGGCUUCCAUGCCACCAGACUUUCCGUGUCAUGCUCAAUCUCAACAUGCAAACACAGCAUGACAAAGAUUUGCAAUCAUCUUCCAGACCCAGACAUGUUAGCAAUGCAUAAGAACCUGUCGAGAACUAAGCUCGAGGAGUAUCUGACGCACCUGCGCACACAAGCGGAAGACCAGCUUGAAGAAGUUGUGACUGCCAUCGAGGAGGAGAAUGACCCAGAGCGCAAUUUGAACCGCCAACGCAAGUUGGUCGAGAUGAUCUUUUAUGGAUUGCAAAAUGUCUGGGUCUGGAAAGUUGGAACUUGUGAUGCUGGUGUUGCAUUCCUGUGCAAUCUGUAUUCCAUGACCAAGAACAGUGGUAGCCUGUCUCAUGUCAUACAAGAACGCAGUUUCUCAUGCGGAGUUCGUAUGAGAAAGCGUGCUGCAGCCUUGUCAUGCUUUCCUGCAUAAGGAAGUGACUUCCUCUUGCACAUUUUAGCAUCACAAAUUUCCAGAUGACCCAGACAUAUUUGCAUUUGAUAUCUUUGCAUGGCGGAAUUUAGACGGGUCAUCCUGGGAGGGAGCUACUUUACAGUUCGACAAGAGCACGCUGAUUAACAUCACCGUUGAUGCGAUAAUGCUGCUCUUCAAAAACGCGCCGCCCUCUGUAUAUCCAUAUGAGAAGGUCCGCGCGUUCUGGAGUUUGUGUAGCCACUAUGACGGCUUGGUGAGUGGGGAGUUUCGACGCGCACUGAUGCGGGCCUGGGGCGGCCUGCAGAUUUUUGAGACCAGGCUGACAUCCAUGCAGAUUUUUGAGCGCUUAACGGGUGAGGUGAGCAAUUCUCUGGAUGCGCUCAGUCAACUCGAGGAUCUCAGUCGACAUCCUUUGGACUUGGACGACGUGGAGAACAUGGGCGAUGACCAUCUAGAAAAAUUGGCGUCGGCAAGCCAGCGAUUGAGAACCCUUGCCAAAUCCCACCACGCGGCGGCAGCAAGCAAGCUAGAGGAUAUAAAAGCUUUGGCGUCGGGCCUCGAUGUUGCCGGGGGCGGCCCGCCGGUCCGCUUUUUUGAAUACGAUGUGCUUUCGACGGCUUCCCGCGCAGGUUGGGCGCCAAACGAUGUCGACGAGUUCGCGGACCAGUACAAGAACAACCGCAGUGUCCAAAGUAGUACAGGUGUAGUACGCAUAAGGGUCGUGCCCCAGCAGCAGAGUCCUGUGGAAGCAGGGAAGUCUAAGCUCGAGCAUUUUGUGCUCGAGCCGCUGAGGAGCGAUCUGGCUGAGAAGAUGGAGAGAAUCAACGAGAAUGCGCGCCGCGCGAUAAGGAGAAUCAACAUGGCUAAGGCCGCGGGGCAGAUGCGGCUGACGCGCCCCGCGGCCACUUCGAGGCGUAAGCCUUGUAAGUUGACAUGCGCAUGUAGAGUUCUACUCUACUGCGAUC